AUGAGUGACUUCCACUAGUAGGAGCUUGGGCAUUUGAGCAGGAGUGGACUGGUUAUGCCACUUCUUGGAUUCAUAUUAUCAGGAAAACGAAGAGUUCUGGAGCCAUGUGAAGAGUUCUGCUACCGUGUUGCAUGAUUCAGCAGAAUUAAACAUCACUGAACAAGCAUAGCAACCUCUCAGAUCCUGUGACAGUUCAGCUAACAGGCUAGUACCAUGUCAUUGUUCAGCACUGGCAUCCUUGUGCUGACAUCUCCUCUGCACACCCUCCCUUUGCGUAUCGCUCCAGUGCUCAGCUCUGCUGCUCAGCUGGUAGAGCGCACACUGUACGUCCACCUCCACCCUGGGCUCAACCUGGGCAGUGGAAGCCAGCCUCGGCCAGUUUUCAUCCCACCAGUAGUGGAUCUAUCUACUCUCAUUACCCGCCUUUACAACAAUGCAGCGGAUGUAUGCGGUCACCUGGAUGUUCGUGUUUUGCUGACUAAUGUUCAUGCUCAGUCAGCAGCCUGCGGUGGGACUACCACUCCAAACUGCCCCUUCCCCACCCCACAAUCUCUUUCCCACUCCCCAGAGGUUGUUCUGACAGACUUUCCUGUGCAGGACCCAGGGCAGUCCCAUCAAGUUACACAGUGUCUGCAGAGGUACACAGGCCACUGCUACGUCUGCAGCCCCACCCUGUCCUCAGUGCUGCUUCACCCACAACUAUUGAAUCUGCAGCAGAACAAGGAAGAGUUGAUAAAUGCUGAAGAAAAGGCGGAACCCUUGGAGACUUACAGUGAUGUGGUAGUUGGUGGGACAUUUGAUCGGCUUCAUGGGGCCCACAAGACACUACUCAACAUCUCGUGCCUUCUUGCCAAUAGGAGGUUCCUUAUAGGUGUGUGUGACCAAGCAAUGCUGAAAAAAAAAGUGUUGAAGGAGUUGAUCGAGCCCUAUUCUCUGCGGGUCCAGAAACUACAAGAAUUUCUCAUAGACGUCAAACCUUCACUGCAGGUAGAGAUUGUACCCCUUGAUGACCCCUUCGGGGCAUCAGUGGUGGACCCUGACCUGAAAUGCAUUGUGGUCAGCGAGGAGACCAGGAAAGGAGGCGAGGCUGUCAACAAGAAACGUAUUGAGAAUGGCCUUCCAGCGCUCGUCCUCCAUGAGAUCCAGCUGCUAAAAGAUGCUCAUCACACUGAUACAGAGGAAGAGAAAAUCAGCUCUUCAAGUCUGCGCUCCCGAUUGCUUGGUACACUCCUUACCCCUCCCAAAGAUGCCUCCCACCUCCCUCCGGUUCCAUAUGUGAUUGGUCUGACGGGGGGCAGUGGCAGUGGAAAGAGCUCCAUCGCCAAGCAGCUGGAAGCCCUGGGUGCAGUCAGGAUCGACUGUGACAAGCUGGGCCAUGAGGUGUACCAGCCCGGUACAGGAGCCUACCACAAAGUGCUUGAAGAAUUUGGGUCAGAUAUUGCAAAUGAAGAUAAAACCAUUAACAGGCGUGUAUUGGGAAGGAAAGUUUUUGGAAACCAGGAGCGAUUAAAAGCUCUGACGGACAUCGUGUGGCCAGAGAUUGCACUGCUGGUAAAAACCAGAAUCAACCAAGCCAAAGAAGAAGGUAAACAGGUGUGUGUGUUGGAUGCAGCAGUCCUCUUGGAGGCAGGAUGGACAGAUAUGGUCCAUGAGGUCUGGGUCACCGUCAUCCCUGAGGAGGAGGCAGUGUUACGGAUAACAGAGCGUGACGGUGUGACCACAGAAGACGCCCUGCGCAGGCUGCAGAGCCAGUGGUCCAACUCCAAGCAAAUAGAACACGCCAAUGUGGUUCUGAGCACACUAUGGGAAGUAGAAGUGACUCGGAAACAGGUAUUAAAGGCUUGGAACCUCCUCCAGAAGAGAAUCCAACAGAGACAAGUGGGACAGUAGGAACCUUCGUGGGUCACUUUAUCAUCACGGCUGGAACCUGUGCAUGCAGAACAGACCCAGGGACGUGUGCAGACAAAUAACUGAUCCACAUAAGGAAACGCUGCCUUAAAGUGAUUACAGUCACUGUGCCAUCGCCGAAAACCCAACAAACUCCCUCUCAUUUGUUUGACCAAGACUCAGUGCCUGAUUAUUCAAUGGUUUUUAAAGUCUAAUUUUAUAGUUUAAAGAUGUGUGGGGGAGGGGGGAAAAACCCUAAAUAAAUACUUGUCAAACUGGAAUGCCUGGUAGGGAUUAAUGUAGUAUUUUAUCCUAAGAGAUAAAUCUGAUUUAAUCCAAAGACUUUAAUUUCUUGAAUGAUAUGCUUUUUUUGUAACAGACUAAAUUGAAUUCACAUCCAGAAAUUGUAUAUCACCACAAGGCCAUUCAGCAAAAAUGAAUAUUUUGGUAAUUUUUUUUAAAGUUCAGCCUGAAAAAUCAAGAUGUGUUAAGGGAAUGGUGAGCUACC